ACAAACAAAGGGUCCUUGUGGGCAAGAAUGAGGUGGCCCUAGGGGGUGUGGCCAGAUCUGCCUGGGCCCAUUGGUUCUGCUACCUCACAGAACCCAGUGUGAGGUCACAGUUGUUAGCUAUAUAAGGCCGAGGCUCAGGUGGAUCUCUUGUGGGUGACGUAGGAGUUGGACGGCGAGUGUUGGUGGUGAUUUGGUGACCGGGUUGGUGGUGUGGAGCGUGGAGCUUCUGUUUCCAUCGAGAUGUGGACUGAGAUUAUUGUGCCUGGGGGACCAUUUUGGCUGGGCCUCUCCACCAGUCACAGCCUCCAGGAAAACUAUGAGGUGCUGGGCCCCUUGGGCCAUGGCAGGUUUGGUAGGGUCUCCCUGGCCAAACACCGUGGCACGGGGAUGCUGGUCGCUGUGAAGGAGUUAGUGAAGGCAAGGGUGCCAGCACACUACAUUGUAUGGGAGGUGGAGAUCCUGCAGGACCUUCAGCACCCUAACAUCGUACAGCUACUGGAGGUCAUCGAAAGCGAGGACAAAGUAUACCUGGUCCUAGAGUAUGUGACAGGGGGAAACCUGCGGCAACGGAUCCUCAGGACUGAAAACCACAGGCUGCCGGAGGAGGAGGCCCGAGGGGUAUUUCAAGAUAUCAUGGGAGCCAUGGAUUAUUGUCAUGCCCAGGGAAUUGUACACGGGGACCUCAAACCCCAAAAUGUUUUAAUCAAUUCCCAAGGUCACACCAAAAUCUGUGACUUUGGGGUGGGAUCCCGGUUCCUCCCUGGGAAGGAGGUGGCUGUGACUUAUGGCACUCUGAAAUACUGUGCCCCAGAGCGGCUCUUGGAUAGGAGAUAUGAAGGCCCUCCCCUGGAUGUUUGGGCCCUUGGCAUCAUACUCUAUGAACUGCUCACGGGGCAGCUCCCCUUUAAUGGGGAUAAAACAGAGAUGGUCCAAACUAUGCUAUCUGGGAGGUGCUCUUGCCCCCAGUCCAUCUCCCGGGAUGCCCAAGAUCUCAUCUGGAACCUCUUGUGCUUCAACCCCAGGAUGCGGCCAACAGCGCAGGAGGUGCUGCAGCACCACUGGCUCCAAGAUGCCCCUCCCCCCAGUCCUGAGAUGCUCCCUAUGCCCCCCAAAAUGGCAAUCCUUAAUGUUAUGGAUGGCAUGGGAUUUAACCCACUGAAGGUCAUCAACUCAGCGAGGAGAAAGGAGAUGGACACAUUCCUGCUGUUGCAGAGCCAGGGACUCCAGGGGCCACCCUUAAGGAUUCGUGUGAAGCCUGUGUGUGCCCCUGAGGAUGAGGAUCCAGAUGAAGAAAUAGCAUCACCCUCAACAGCUCCUGCACCCUCAUCUCACAUCUCCCAGAGGAGUGCCAGCGCACCUGUCACCUGCACGGGCCUCUUAUUUCCUGGAGUGGAGCCCAUAGGAAGGCAGGGUGGCGGAGACUCCCAGCCACCCAUUCCCAUCCCCAGGACCCCAACUCCCGGCAUGUCCUGCCAGCCUAUCCCUGCCGCUCCCAGGGUGUUCUGCCAGCCUGGCCCUGGGGCUUCCUGCUCUAGCUCCAGCCCCACCUCCACCCCUAGCAGCAGAGGGAGGUGAUGCUGGAAGGCUCUGAAGAGGAGCAUCAGAGGCUGCCUGACAGCCCUGUGCUGCUGCUGCCUGCCACUCUCAGGGCGCCACCAAAACAAGGUGGCCCCAAUUACAGAUCCUUGAGAAGUGACUCCAUAGACGUGGCGAUCCUGCUCAUGGGGGAUCAGCCACAAAGGAGGAAGCCAUGGUGAGUCACCCUGCAGACCUGUCUAGGGAGCUGGAGGGAAAGGAGAGGUCAAGGACACCCAUGCAUCCUGUGGGAGGGAGGGGGGUGUGCAGCACAGAAGGCUGUGUGGGCAUCAGGAGCUGAGAUUCAGUGGGAGGAAGACAGAGCAGCAGCAGGUGGGGGAUUCCCUGACUUGUGUCCCUCUGCCCCAGGGAGGCUCCCCUAGGACCAGGGAGUGCCAGGCACCUUGGAGCCCCCAGACCACAGCCUCCCAACUGGGUGCAGGUAGAUGUGGGGGCUGGGUGAGGGUGGGCUUUGUUGAGCACAGCUGUGACUUUAUCCCACAGACCUCCAUGGCCUGGAGCUUCUCUCUGCUCACCUCCUGGCAUGUCCACAUGUGAGGGCUUCCAUCAAGAAGCUGCUGAGUUGGCACUGGAAGGACAGUGAGCCCAGGUGAAGAGAGACAGUACUGCCUGUUCUGUGAAUGGGGACACUGUGUUGUUCCCCUGGCCCCCGUGCAGAAGCCUAGACUCGGCCAUGCUGUGAGCAGCCCAGGAAUAUGCAGAGGCCACGCUGAUCCUCUGUGCACUGAGUUCAUGGUAGGAGCCACCCCUGCCCAGUCACCAGACAGGUGUGUGACAGCGUCUCCACAUCAUCCCAGUCCCACCCACGGAGCAUCCUGGACCAGAUGUCAGUGCAGCCCAACGGACCUGGUCCUAGGCCCCGAGCCCCAUAGCUAACAUCUCUGUGGCCUCCCCACCUCCUCCUCUGUCAUUGAGGACACAGUUGGCCCCAGCCCAAGGCAGUCUGCUUCCAGGACUUCUCUCAAACUCGGCCUGUCUUUUCCCCAUGCACCAUCAGCACUGUAGAGAUUUGUUUAUGACACCAAUGUCGGGGACACUCAGAGCCAGGAAAAUGGUGCGGGCACUACAGACACCAGUGGUGCAGGCCCAAUGCUGAGAGCUUCUGUGGGUGACAGCAGGAGGGGGCCACAGGAUUGAAGAACAUGGAGACAGGCAAGUGAUCAAGUGAGGCAGCUUCUGCCCCAGAGCAGCUGCCUGAGGAUCGAUUCAGUGCCAACAACCAGAAACAGCUCUGCCAUGUGGCCAGCACAGUCAGCAGAGCUUCAGCACAGUGACACUUGUGAUCCUCUGAGAGUGCUCAGUGCCCAGUGCUGCUCUUCCUCUUCCUGCUGUCAGGAUCACCGGGAUUUUAUGGACGAGGACCAUGAAUCAUGGAGGGAUAAAGUGAAGUCCCAGAUUUCCACAGCCAGAGCAGGGUAGAGCUGGGAUUCCAGUCUGGAUCCCCCAAGCUCUCAGUCAUGCUGUCAUCUAGUGAGGAAGACAGACUAGGGCAUCAAACCAGGAGUGACAGCAUUGGCACCAAGAGGGCUGUGUUCAUAGCUUUCCAGGCUGUGGCAGGACACCUGACAUUCAUCAGCAGAGGUUUCCGUCCAGGGUCACUGUGCGCUUGGGGCAGCACAGCACUUCAUGGCAGGAGUGUUGGAGGAGGAAGCCCCUCACCUCCUAGCACCUGGGAAGCAGAGAGUCGGGAAGAGGCCAGGUACCAAUAUCCCUGUCAAGGCCACGCCCCUGACCUCUCAGGCUGCCGGGCUGCAGUCAUCUCAGGAAGGUGUCUCUGGGCCCUUGGCAUCUUAGGAGGGGCCUUGAUUGGAGGUGGAAGGUGCUCCAUUCUGACCACAGGUGCUGGCUGGUUUCCUGAGAUUUCUUUUCUCAGGACCUGGCCCCAUUGUGGGCCAGGGGCCCAGGAUCCCCCUGGAAUCAGAUGGUGUGGCCAUUCCGGUCCAGCAGGGAGCUCAUGCCCGGCAUGCUAUAGCACUGCAGCCAGGCUCUGAAGGCAGAGAAGCCUUCCUCUCUGUGCUCCUGCCCAUGGCCUUUGCUCCCCAGCUGGACCACUUCCUUGGGCACUGAGUGGCACAGUUCCAGCAGGUCCAGGUUCUGCAGCUUAACCCUGACCUUCUGGCUCAGAGUGAGCUCCGGGCUUGGCUGGUGUCCCUGCAGGGCCUCCAGGACUGUGCACGCCUUCUCAAAGGGAGGGAUCCUCAGCUGCAACAGGAUCUCUGCUCCAAGGUAGUUGCCAAUGCCAUUGAAGAACCAGUGGUCCAGGAGGGCCAGAUGGACUGGUUGAAGGCCUUGUCUGCCGGGUUUCACAGCACAUUUUCUCUGAACUAUUCAUUCUCCAGGCGGACACAGGGCCCGAGGUCUGGCUGCUACUUGCUCGCUGGGUCCCAGUGGCCAAAGCGCUGGAUGACUGGUUGUCAUCAUCUUCCCCCCCCAGGCACCAAUGCCAUGCUGUUGAUACAUGUAUCUCUGGCGAGAUGACACCUGAGCCAGCCCGGCUCCCCCUUGGGAGGAUGGGGUGUCUCUCCACAGUCCUGUCUCCAGCUCAGCAGACACCACACUGUUGCCCUGGUUCUCAGGCCUGCCACGCCCAGGCCUCCCCUGCCCCGCUCUGGGCCUCUCUAGCAGGCACAGGAGUGAGAGAUGCUCAGCCCACUCAGCAGACACCCACCAGGAGGAAGAGAGCUCCCAAGCCCCAGGGCCCUGGCUCAUAGGAAGGGCUGGGUGAGAGCAGGACAGAGGGCACAGGGAGGAGAGAAGAGCUGAGGCAGCCAGGUGGGAAGUGAGAAGCAGAGGAGCUCCCUGAGGGGACGGGCAGGCCCCUAAGUCUGCACAUAGAAGAGGGGCUCAAGAUACUGCCUCAUGUUGCUGGACUCCUCACUACAACCCUACGAAGCUGGCCAGGCAGUUAGGCUGCAGGCGAUCAAAACUCAGAAUUUACGUGACUUGGACUACAUUGGUUCAUUUGUUCAAAGGAAGAGAACACAGAGAAGCCUGGUCAAUCUUAAUACUAUCCCUGAGGGAAUUUUUUUAAAUUCACCAAGGCAAAGCUCUCUUAGCCAGAAUGUCAUUCGAGGAAGAAUUUGUGAUUUGACAUGCAAAAGCUUUCUCCAAAUUAUCAGUGAAGCACCAAUAUCCUGAUUUCCUUGUGCUUUUGUGAGAAGUUGUUACAGCAGGAAAAUUAUCGUUCUCCAUUAUUUUACAGACACAGGUGAAGAAUUUUGGAAUCAUGUACUGUGUAAACUGUGUAAAGCCGAUAUGUUAUACUAAAUCAUGAGAGAGUCUAGAGAAUCGCUACAUUUUGAGCCAAAUUUCAAUCUUUAUUGCCAGCGACUGAGAGUGGCUCGUGCUGGAAAAACUCUCAGUGAUGAAAAUGGGCUUGAGAGUCUCCUUUAGGCGGCUCUUCUAGUUGUGGAGGGCUCAGGGAGAGGGGGAGCACAAGCGGAAUCUCACAGGAGCUGAACUUUGCUAAGCUAGUGGGGCUGGGGAAGUUUCACACAGUUUAGUUGGAACCAACUAUCACACAGGUGCAGAGCAUUCUGUUUACAAGGUUGUAAAGAUAACACAUAGUGGAAGACUGCUCUACCACAUCGGAAGGUCACAAAGGUAACAUAUACUCGCUGACUCUUCUACCAAAUGGGAAGGUUACAAAGAUAACAUAGAGUGGUAGACUGCUCUACCAAAAGAGAAGGUUUUAAAGAUAACAUACAGUUUCAGAAUGCUCCACCACAUGGGAUACAGUAGCAUCAACUGAGGGGACUCCCAAGGGGUGAGGGGAGGCAACCACCUGGAAUCUACAAGAAAUGGGGGGAACGGUGAUGAGGCACAAAAUGGAGUCAGGUUGGCUCUCACAGAUGGAUGAUAAAAUCUUCAGAAUUCUAAUUAAAGAUGUAAAUAGAAGAUGUAAAAAGUAUAAUAUGAUUGCAAAAUUUUUUUAAUAAAAUAAAAACAUUUAAAAAAAUUUUUUUAUUUUUAAAUUUUGUUUAAUGCCAGUUUUUAUUUGGCUGUAUAUACAAUUUAAGCUAUUAAAAUUUGUACAAUAUUUACAAAUUAAAUAAUCAUCUGAAACUGUC